CAAUGUGGCACGGUCAGCUGACUGGUCAGGUGGUGUGGUGUGCACCAGCUGUGUUCCUGAUCUCUGAGGCAGCUUCUCGUUUUCCAUUUCCAACAUGGGCUCUUUUGACGAACUGUACUUCAAUGUGGACAAUGGUUACCUGGAGGGGCUGGUGAGAGGCUUUAAGGCCGGCAUCUUGUCGCAGGGUGACUACCUGAACUUGGUGCAGUGCGAGACCCUGGAAGAUCUGAAGCUUCAUCUCCAGAGCACAGACUAUGGCAAUUUCCUGGCAAAUGAGGCCUCCCCACUCACUGUGUCAGUGAUUGAUGACAAAUUGAAGGAGAAGAUGGUGGUUGAAUUUAGGCAUAUGAGGAACCAUGCAUAUGAGCCCCUGGGCAGCUUUCUUGAUUUCAUCACGUACAGCUACAUGAUAGACAAUGUCAUUCUCCUGAUUACUGGAACAUUACACCAGCGAUCUAUUUCUGAGCUAGUUCCAAAGUGCCAUCCCUUAGGCAGCUUUGAGCAGAUGGAAGCAGUCAAUAUUGCCCAGACGCCAGCAGAACUUUACAAUGCCAUCUUGGUUGAUACACCUUUAGCUGCAUUUUUCCAGGACUGUAUAUCUGAACAGGACCUUGAUGAAAUGAACAUUGAAAUUAUUCGUAAUACACUGUACAAGGCCUAUCUCGAAUCAUUUUACAAGUUUUGCAAGACAUUGGGAGGUACAACUGCUGAUGCAAUGUGUCCUAUUUUGGAGUUUGAAGCAGACAGGCGAGCUUUCAUCAUCACCAUAAACUCUUUUGGGACAGAACUGUCUAAAGAAGAUCGAGCAAAACUAUUCCCUCAUUGUGGAAAACUGUAUCCAGAAGGUCUUGCUCAGUUAGCAAGAGCAGAUGAUUAUGAACAGGUGAAGACUGUAGCGGACUACUAUCCAGAAUACAAACUAUUGUUUGAAGGAGCUGGCAGCAAUCCUGGAGAUAAAACCCUAGAGGAUAGAUUUUUUGAACACGAGGUUAAACUGAACAAGUUGGCAUUCCUUAACCAGUUCCACUUUGGGGUCUUCUAUGCGUAUGUGAAGCUUAAAGAACAAGAAUGCAGGAACAUUGUAUGGAUUGCAGAGUGUAUUGCACAAAGGCACCGAGCCAAGAUUGAUAACUAUAUUCCAAUUUUCUGAAUUCAAUUUGCCCUACUGCUCUAAUAAAUGAAAUAAUAAUUGCAUUUCAUCUCUACCGUUUCCAUUUGGAAUAUUUUCAUUUGUAAAGUGUACAUUAAAUUUCCUGGAUGUAUUCCAUGUUUUCUGAUUUUUUUUUAAGGCUUUGCUGACAUUUUAACUUCUAAUCUGUUUCUCCUUGAAAUAAAGCUUAACAAAAACUAAAUGCUGAUCUUAAUUUGUAAUCUGAAGCAUUGGCAAGUUGAUGUACAAUAUUCAUGAGCAUCGCUGUUACCUUUCGUUAAAUUCAUUUUCAAAAAGUAUAAUUAUCCUAAAAUUGUGGAAAAUUAGCUUUACAGCAUUAUAUUUUUGACAAUAUUGCAAAUGUCAGUGCUUUAGCAUCUCUAAUAGGGUCAUCGUUCCAUGUUGUAAUUGCAAUGCAAAAUCAAGGUGAGCAGAAGGUCAGCAUUGUAUUUUCUUCAAAUAUUUGAAUGCCUUCAUUAAUUUUUUUCAUGAUCAGUGGUAGUUUUUCAUGUGUUUUCACAAAAUGCUGUAAACAGUAUGGAGAAGCUGAAAGUUAUUUAUGUUGAAGCAUAGUGUAUGAUGUAAUUAUUCCAUCUCGGUUGUCCCUAAAAGAGUCACUUCUGCAUGAGGUAAGUUUAGUAUUAUUCCAGCACUCUCACUAUAAACUUGUUUACAUUCAGGGAAGAAUUAGCUGGCUGGCACAUGUUCACAAGCAGUUUUGCUUGCUUGUUAUGUUGAAGCAUCAAGUGCAAGUUUUGAAAUAGAUUCUUGAAUAUGGACCUAGGAGUAAAAUGGUAAUUCAUUUGCAGUGCGUAGAAAGUUUGAGUUUUGUGUAAUAAUUAGGAUGUAAUGCUGAUUAAUUCUGAUCUGAAAUUUGAAAAGAAUUCUGUAACUUGUUGACUGCUGUAUAUUGUAUUUGUGAUCAAGUACUUUAAUAAAAUGAUGGCUGCUUCGCAGAUGUAUCCAGUUAAAAUUAACUAUUUUAAAAUGUGAAACCAAUUUAGAAUCAGAUGUUUAAUAAUGCAAAGUUGGUAAUGUCUUUAAAAUUAUCCAUUGUACAGUUCAAGAUGUUUAAUUUAGUAACCUUAUUUUCCACUAUAUAUUUCUGUUCAUCCUAAAUAGACUUCUUUUGAGGAUAUGUCAAUAAAUCUACCUUUAUGAACUA